AUGCAGUCGAUCAAGCUGUUCUAUCUGCUAGCCAAACUGUUUGGUCUGUGUCCGUUCCCGCUCGACACGACGGUUCCGGUGAACACGCGCGCUGGCUACGUGAAACAACUGCUGCCGACCUACACCGUGCUGCUGUUCUACUCGGCCUGCCUGGUCAGCAUCUUCUGGCAGAGCGGGAACACGUCCGACAUUUCCAACGCCGCUAAUUGGAUACAGUUCAUCCCGAACUCGUUCGCGUACAUCUUUUCGCUGGUGUUCGCCAUUCGCCACCGUACGAUGGCAAACGAGGUGCUGACGACGUUCGCCAUCUGUGACGAUAAGCUGCGAUCGCAGUUCGGCAUCUCCUUUACGAUGCCGAACGUUAAGAUGCGACGUGUGUCCAUCCUGGCGUGCAUUGUCACCAUGACCUGUGGCUCUACCAUCGCUGGGCUAACCUAUUUCAUCGGAGUUAAUUGGAACCGCAUUUGGACGCUGCUGUACUGGAUCGCCUUCUGUAUGCCGAAGUUUGGAUUGCUGCUGUUCAGUUUCCAGUUCGCCGGUUGCAUCCUGUACCUGUCCGAUCGCGCGAUGCUGCUGCUGCGAGGCAUGAAUAAUUUUCCGGUCGGUCCGGAAAACCUGACCCUGCAACCGCAGCCACACGGGCACGCCCAGUACAAAACCCUCAACAUGGCGAUGGGCAGCACGCACCUACCGAGCAUGCACGAAGGCAGCAAGCUGAACCGGCUGACCACACUGGCGACCAUCAAAAUCCGCGCCAUCAGCCCGCUCGAUUCGAUCCAGCACAUCCGCGAGGUGGUCGAGCUGCUGCAGGACCUGUCGGUCAAGAUAAACCAAUGCUUCGGCAAGCAGGCCAUCUUCUCGCUGCUGUCCGCGUUCACCUGCGUCACGGUGCAGCUGUACUACAUGCUGAACCACAUCAAAUCCGGUUUCAUGGUGUACCGCUCCGAGAUCUACGCCCUUUCGUCCUGCAGCCUGCUGUUUCUGCAUGGCAUCGAGUUCUGGUCACUGUUCACCAGUGGCGAGCACGUCCGGCUCAAGUGGAAAAAGGUGAUCAAUUUCCUGUUCUUCAUGAAGUCCAAAUCGACCGACGACGAGUUCCGCAGCAAGGUGGAUGAUCUGAUUUCGUUCAUGGUGACAAAUCCACUCGAGUUCAGCGCGUACGGCCUGUUUCCGAUCGAUCUGUCGGUGCUAACGGGGAUAGCUUCCUCCAUCACCACCUACCUGAUAGUGUUGAUACAGUUUAAAAUUUCCGAGGACCAAACGAGUGGCUUCGAGUACGACGUGGACGAUAACAGCCACAUUCAGUACUCUGCGACGUAA